AUAAUGUCGAAUGUGUUGAACACGAAGCCUCAAUCAACAGUACUUCCAUGGCCGGAAUGUCCCAUUUUCCCACUUCAUUCUCUGCCAUGGUCGACGAUUAAUUGUUAGCAGCCGUUUGGAUGAGGAGAACUGUCCCUACCGCCCCCAUGGAAGUCAAUCCCGACUGCUCUAACCCUCCUUAAAACCCUGGCUGAAUAGUUGCAUUUUCAUCGUCAAUUCCACCCUGCCUCCUCGUCCCGUCAGAGUUCCUUGCUAAUUUGCUUGCUUGCUUGCUUGUUUGUUGCCUUUUUCCUCUGCUUUCCUUGUGCUCUGUUAGAAAGAAGCGGGAAGAAUACGGACCGAGCUCAAGAUAACGAACUGGGUACUCCCAAAUUGCCCGGGACUGCAUUAAUUAUUUGUUUCUUGUGUUGCUUAAUCUGUCGCACUUCUCGAAUCAUGCCUAAGUAUUCUUUAAUAUUAGCUAAAGCGUGACCCUUUAGGGAAAGCUUCCAUUUUAAAGGAUUCUGAGCUGAGCUUACUCUUUGGUUACUUUCUUGAUUUGGGAGAAAGGGCUUCUGCAUUUGUUAAAAGAGCUGAAGUUCUCAUGGAGACAAGUAGAGGCGUGUCGGAGAAGAGCGAGACGAACGAAGUGGUUGUAAUGAUCUCGGGCAGCGAGUAUCGGAGCCAAGGCUCCUCGCCAAGACCCAAUAUUGAGCUCACAGAGCUUGAAAACCUUCAAUCUAGAGUGCAAGAUUUCAACUUGACAAGCCCUCCCCCUCAGGGACUCCCCCAACCUAGCCCAUCUGCUUCUAAGCCUCCAAAAAUCCCCGCCAAGAGGUCCCUUUCGAGGUCUUACUUUUCGAAGCCGAAAUCGAGAUUAGCAGAACCAUCAUAUCCUGGUGAUGCUAAUUUAGUUAAAGAGAGAACCCAAGUGAAGUAUCCUCAGUCUCCCUACAGAAAUUCACCUAGAGUGGGUUCACCGUAUAAUGCCGCAAGUUCUGGUGCCAAUAAAGACAAUGUGAAGUCUGUGCCAAUCACGCCUCGGACGCCGUUGAUCACAUCCCCUGUUCCAGAGGAGGAAGAUGAUGAGGAGGUGUACAGGACUGCAAACUUGAAGGUCCAACAAAUGGCUGGUAAGAAGUGUCCUAAGGUAAUAUUGGUGGAGUGGGUUGCAUUUGUGUCCAUUAUGGGACUUCUGAUUGCAAGUUUAAUUGUUCACAAGCUGCAACAUACUUGUAUUUGGGGAUUGAGAUUGUGGAGAUGGUGUGUGCUGGUGUUGGUGAUUUUUUGUGGGAGGCUAGUGACUGAAUGGCUGAUCAAUAUGGUGGUUUUCUUGAUUGAGAGGGAAUUUUUGCUCAAACAGAAGGUUCUGUACUUUGUAUAUGGAUUGAAAAAGGGUGUACAGGCAUUUAUGUGGUUAGGCUUGGUUCUUUUAGCUUGGGCCUUGUUAAUAAAUCAUGGAGUCAAGCGAUCAAGACACACAGAAAAGAUUCUGAAUUAUGUCACGAGGGCUCUUGCUUCUUGUCUCAUUGGAGCUGCCAUAUGGCUGAUCAAAACACUGUUGAUAAAGUUACUAUCUUCUUCAUUUCAAUGCACGAGGUUCUUUGAUCGCAUCCAAGAGUCGCUCUUUCACCAGUAUGUUGUCAGGACCCUUUCAGGCCCGCCACUGAUGGAGAUGGCCGAAAAUAUUGGCCGCUCGAGAAGUAGCGGCCGGCUCAGUUUCACGAAAUACAAUAAGGACGCAGCUAAGAAGCAAGAGGAGGUGAUUGAUGUUGAGAAGUUACAUAAGAUGAAGCAGGAUAAAAUUUCUGCUUGGACUAUGAAAGGGUUGAUUAACGUCAUUGGCGGGUCAGGGCUAUCAACUCUUGCCGAGAGCCUUGAUCAAAGUGAUGACGAGGAGGAACAGCAACCAGAUAGGGAGAUCACUAACGAAUGGGAGGCCAAGGCUGCUGCUUAUCAGAUAUUCAGGAAUGUAGCGAAGCCCAGGAGCAAGUUCAUCGAAGAGGAGGAUCUUUUGCGCUUCAUGAAGAAGGAAGAUGUUGACCACGUGAUCCCAUUGUUUCCAGAAGCAAUGGAAACUAGGAAGAUCAGGAGAUCAUCUUUGAAGAAUUGGCUGGUAAAUGUGUAUCUUGAGCGUAAAUCUCUUGCCCUCUCCUUAAACGACACAAAAACAGCCAUAGACGAGCUGAAUACGCUUGCUUCAGGAAUUUUGCUCAUUGUGAUCAUCAUUAUCUGGUUACUUUUGAUGGGAUUUAUGACGACACAAGUACUCGUCUUCAUAUCAUCUCAGCUUUUGCUCGUGGUGUUUAUGUUUGGUAACACAGCCAAAACCGUUUUCGAAGCCAUCAUAUUCGUCUUUAUAAUGCAUCCCUUUGAUGUGGGUGACCGUUGCGUAAUUGAUGGAGUGCAGAUGGUGGUUGAAGAGAUGAAUAUUUUGACUACAAUCUUCUUGAAAUAUGACGGUGAAAAGAUAUUCUACCCAAAUUCAGUUUUGGCAACUAAACCUAUCAGCAAUUACUAUAGAAGCCCAGAAAUGAGCGAUUCGGUGGAGUUCACUGUUGACUUCGCUACUUCAGUCGAGAAAAUUGGAGAUCUAAAAUCUAGAAUUAAAACGUACUUGGAAAGCAGGCCUAAACACUGGCGUCCGGCUCACAGUGUUGUGGUUAAGGAGAUCGAGGAUGUUAACAAGUUGAAGUUGGGCCUUUACGUUAAUCACACGAUCAAUUUCCAAAACUACGGUGAUAAGAGCAGCCGCAGGUCGGAGCUUGUGCUGGAACUCAAGAAAUUCUUUGAAGAACUCGGUAUUAAGUAUUGUCUGCUCCCUCAAGAAGUUCAAGUCAGCUAUACUGGAUCAGCAGCUGCUAAUGGACGGUUUUGACUCGUCCAGCAAGUUCCUAGUUAGCUGCAAGUUUGCGCUCAUAUCGUGUGAACUGCAGAUGUAUUUGGUUGGUGCUGAACUCCAUUUUCAUGUGCUUAUAUCCCAAAGGAGCAGAAUUUACUCCGUGUUCACUGGAAAUGUUAAAGAAACGAGCCAGCUCUCCUCCUUUUGGCCGACGGGAAUGCACGGCUCAUCCCUUAUAUUUUUAAUGAAGAAAUUGUAUAUGAUAUCAAAGAGCAAUGGAGUUAUUCGAUUCUUAUUAUUUUGCUGCAUUCAA